AUGGGCAGCGACCACGCCGGGGACGACUUUGAAGACGACGACGUGAGCUACGACGCCGACAGCUACCUCUCUCGACCCGGCAGCGAAAGCACUCUCGAGAUCGAGCACAGCCGCCUCACACGCAGCCGGACCUCGUCGCAAGACUAUGUCAUGCGAACGCACGUACCGCUGUGGUGCAAGCAGGCGCGGGCGCUCGGGUACCUCCAGUCCGUGGUCAUCUCGACGAUCGCGCUCGAGCCUGGGCAAAGGAAGCGGUCGACGGUCUAUUACAUCCUCGAUGUCUUCUACGCGCUACCCCAACUCGGCUCGGUGCGAUCGUUCCAGCAGUGCGUGGAGCCCCAGUACCAGCUCCGCCGAAGGUUCAGCGACUGCUUUGACCUGCGACGACGCUUGCUCGAGAUCUGUGCGCCAAGCGACCAUCGCCACGUAUGCGACUACUGCAAGGGCCUGCAUCACGCUCUCAAAGCGACGCGGUUUCCCAGCCGAUGGCCACGUGCUUGGGACGUUCUCGCGUGCUGGCACUCGACGCUUCUCCGGAAGCGCCAAGAAGGCUUGCAAAGCUGGCUGAAUCGACUGCUGACGACGACGCACAAGACCGUGACGCCUGUCGGAGCGUGCGAGGCGUCGCUGCUUGUGCUGCAUGAGCUCUCAAUGUUCUUCCUCGAGUCCCCGCCUACCGACUCGGACCGAUAGAAAUCGAUGGCCUCCAU